ACGACCCUGAAGCGGCAGCUUAGCCAGCUCGCCUUUCUCCUCCACCUUGUCGGCAAACCUGGCUUGGAGUUGCUUCUCGAGAACCGACCAGUCUGGCUCGUCCUCAUGUACUCAGGUACGGAAUAAAUUCGAGUUAACAGGGAAAAGCAGGGAUGUAAAAGUGCCCGGCGCGGCCGGCUGUCAAAUUUCUUGAACCCUGCGAUCAUACCCCUGUGGCGUUCACGCUAGCCAUGGAGAGCACCCUUGAAGACUCCGCUGCUCCCAAACGUUCUCCCAACUUUCAUCAGCAAACACUCCAAGCAAACUGCAAAAGCCAAGUGACGGACCGAUAAUAUGGACGCAAUCCGGCACCUAAUCGGGGCUUCUCCCGCGCGGAGCCCACCCCCUCGUGUGGCGACAGACGACAUCUACCCCCUGCACAUGCUGGACGACACGAAAACACUGCGGGGCAUCGUGGUGACCUGGGUCCUGCGCUUCAACGACGUGCUGGAUGCAAACCAGCUGCACGCAUCGCUGUCGAAGCUGCUCGAGAUUGGGGACUGGAGAAAAAUGGGCGGGCGGUUGAGGCUGGGCGACGACGGAGAGCUCGGGAUCCAUGUUCCGCGGCCCUUUACGGCAGACCGGCCGGCCGUGUCGUACUCCCACGAAACGCUGGCCGUCGAUAUCGAUGACCACCCGAUCGCCAAGCAGCUCCCCAAGGCCACUGACGGCCCAUCCGUCCACACCGUUCCAGGUGAAGGCUUCCGGUGCUUUGCCGCUCCGGUCGGUGCGCCCGAGACCCUUGCCGAUUUUAUCCACCGCGACGUGCCCCAGCUGUCGCUCCGCAUCACGUCCUUCAACGACGCGACGCUCGUGGGCCUGUCGUGGCCGCACACCCUGAUGGACGUCAUGGGUCAGCAGGCCCUUCUCCGCGGCUGGUCCCUGGUGCUGGCUGGCAGGGAGGCAGAUGUCCCGCCCGUUUUGGGUGCGCGGGAGGACGCCAUCUGCGCCGCUGCCGACUCGGUGGUCGGGGAAAUGGAAAAGGAGGAGUUCCAUCUUGGCAAGAAGCGGCUGGGAGGUUUUGGUCUGGUCAAGUUUGGACUGCGGUUUGGGUCGGACCUGUUGUGGAACCCGACCGUCGAGACGCGAACAAUCUUUCUGCCCAAGGCGACGGUGGCCAAACUGCGAAGCCUGGCCCAAGACGACCUCACCACGUCCUCCGGGGAGAAGCCGUUUGUCAGCGAGGGCGAUGUGCUCACGGCAUGGGCCGCGCGGGCCGUGGCCUCUUCACUGCCGCAGCCGCGGCCUCUCACAGUCCUUCACGCGGUCAACGCGCGCUUCCGACUCCCGUCACUCCUGGCGCGGGCGGAAACGGGUGUGUACAUCCAAAACAUGGCGGUCGCCGCAUGCAGCUUCCUCCCCAACUACGUGGCUACGGGACCGCUUGGGCCCAUCGCCCUCGAGAACAGGCGCCACCUAGCCGAGCAAGCCACUCCCGGUCAGGUACUCGCCUGCCUUCGCGAGCUCCGGCAGCUUCCCAAGACGGAAAGCGACCCGUCUAUGGUGUGCGGCGAGGCCGAUGCGGUGCUUGUGCCCUUUACCAACUGGACGCGCGCCGACAUCUUCAACGCGGCCGACUUUGGCCCGGCCGUGAUACGUCCUGGCGACGUGUCCUCCGAGAGAACCAACCCGCCCGGCACCAUCGUGUUCCACCAUGCCGGAUCCAUGUUCCAGGGGCCCCAAGUCAGGAAUGUUUUUGUGCUGCUGGGCAAAGACCAUGAAGAGAAUUGCUGGAUCACGGCCAUGCUGCUGCCGAGGACUUGGGCCAAGAUCGAGGAGGAUUUGAACGGAUUGCGUGUCCGAUCGUGAUAAAACAACAUCCAUAGUACAAUUGUCGAGGGGGACCUCGGAGAUGGCCUUGGACAUCAUCCCACAAGUUGAU